GAGAACAGUCGGCCUGUGUUAAACAGCGUUAUUAUUGUAUUCGCUCCCUCUAUCCGUCCCUAUUAGUCCAUUACACUAAUUUGUCAGUUGUGGAGUGCUGAAUACUGGUCUCGGCAGAUGUUGCGCAGGGUUGGGUCCGGCUCAUGGCUAUUUAAUUGCUUCCUUCCCCGUGUAACUUGUUUCCCUCCAUCUGUGGUGUAAGUCAUAAUCCAUUUUUACAUGUUGGAUAAUUAUCUCUGUGUCCAUUUCCACCCCCUCAAACUUCUAGUUGUUGUCGUUUUAUUACAUUGGAGAAUUCACAGACCGUGAGCCAGAAAGUUUCCAAGGGGCGCGUGGAGUGUGUAGAUUUCUUUGAUAAAGUUAAGCGCUCGCGCAGGCCUACAGAUUUACAGCUCGCCUCGUUUGAUUGGAUUCUCUGUGUGCUGAUGACUUUUGGAAGUUGCGGGGCUAUCCCUGGAAAAAGUUGCAGUUGUCGUUUGGCUGAGCGCUGCCUGAGCUCCACACGUUGGCACCGCGUAUGGAUUUUAGGGCAGGCUGUAAACAGUGUCAAGUAAACACAACAUGGGGGGAAAAAACAGCAGCGGGGAGACGUUUAAAAGGAAUUCCGUUUUGUGUCAACCUGGUCGUUUUGUGUUCAGGGUUGAAAAGUUCAAAUGACCUCUCAAAAGUCACUCUCGCUUUGUGGUCACCUCUUGUCCGAUCAGAGAAGGGGCGCAACGGUCACCAGUGGACACUGAAUUCACAAUAUAUUAAUAGAAAACGGGGGGAGGAAAUAAAUGGUAUUAAUUGUUAUUUUUAGGACGAUCUGAAACCUUCUCUUUCUUUCAAAUGUGUUUCUUUUCAUUCUCUGUGUGUGUGAUCCGAUUCUACUCACACAUCCAAAUAUGCCCCGAAAAAUGGGUAAUGACUUUACUUUUUGAGCUUUAUGUCAGUUAUGGAAACCAAACUCAAAUAACAACUGAACUUUCUUAAAAUUGUUGCUUAGGCGAAUUUGCAAAGGUCACGCAACCCCGCCAGCCAUAAUAAGUUAACGAUCAAUAUUUUAUUUUUGGUGCUGAGCCUUUCGUCAUAGACUCCAAAAUCUUUACAGGUUAUUUUUGAACCCUGCGGCAUAGAAACACACGUUUGUCGCCAUUUCACUAACUUUUAAAAAACAUUUUUUUAGAACUUCUCAUAUAUGUCUCCAUGAGCGCUGGGGUGGAAUUUAAAAUGGAUACGUUUAAGAAUUAAUUCUGGACGGAUGAGGCGUUUUUUUUUUUAUCAUUCCUCCUUAUUUAUAGAACACCAAUAAUUUUGUUUUUGUAUUAAUUAAAGCAACAUCUGGGGUAUUGUAACCAAUUCCUAAUUCUGAGAUUCAUUGCUUAACCGGUUUAGCAAAAACACAGAUUAACAGGCUUUCCCGUCUGAUUUUAGACUCACCCGAAAAUGAAACAGGACGGACGGAGAGUGCGGUUAUUUGGGAAUUAAAACACUCGGUAAUAUUACAAAAGAAUAAAUUUCGACAGGCCCCCAUGUGCGGCGUACUGCCAGGCAGAGGGAGAGGGGAGCUGUAGGUUCAUCUGGAGGUCAGCCACAGCACCAAGAUAAAUCUGCAUCCUCUCAGAGCCACCAGCAGAGCUCGCUUUAGGCCAAGUUCACUGUCACCCUGCUGCAUAGAGGGAGGAAAACCACUCACAUCCACGGCAUGUGCGCGCGCACACACGCAUUCGCGUUAAUGGCACGUUUGCUUGGCGUCUCCCAUAAGCAUAAUGCACAUAAAUGAAGUUACCAAAGGACGAAGAGCCUGUAGUAAUAUCCUGCACUGGAUGAAAACACAACGUGAAGAGAAAGAGGGGAGAGUAAAACUUGGAUGUGCUGCCUUCAACAAAUACUUCGGCUGUUUUGUUUGCUCUAACGCUAAUGAAUGAUUUGCAUAUUUUACAGCCCUAUUAGUCUUGAGUGGGAGCCUGUUGGACUCAUCUCGUCAUUUCCGUCGUUGGAAGCAUCACAAAGCCACAAUUGCAUUUUAUAUCUUGUGCUGGCAUCUUUUAUGAAAUUUGUGAAAACGAUCCUUGUGAGGACAGGAGAUGUACACAUUGUUAAAAUCAGCUUUUCGUUUAGUGAGUGGGGGGCAGAUAUCUCACUGACUGAUGAGAGGGAGAUAGCUGCAGAAGAGGAGGAAAAAUUGGGGUCAAAAGUUUACGCGCUGAACAAGUCUCCGUCAUCUGUUCACUCGGAGCUUGAUGCCAGCCUUAUAAUAGCGAUCUUGACUCUCCACACAAAAGACAGAAUAGCUUUGCAUUACAUAUGUUGCACGGUGCACUCCAGGUGAACCCUGGAAGCGCAGUGACCUCGCGUUUGGGAACGGGGGAGGGGACCCCCCACCCGUCCCCAGCAACAAGAUUGAGUGGCUGGCGUUUUAUUAGGGCGGUUGAUUGGUGAAUUUCCUUUGAAUAAAUUGCAUUUGAUAUGUUUAGGGACCAGGGCAAAAUUUGCAUUUUGAGGAUUGAUACUCUCGACCCGGUCACAGCGUAAUGGGAAGGCCCACGGCCCCCAAAAUGAGCCCCCGGAUCCCUUAAAAAACAUUUAGCUCCUCUCUUCCUGAUCAGCUGAAUAGAAUCCUUUUAUGAAAACAGAAAUGGCACAGAUGUUUUUGUGACUCAUAAAGAAACCCCUUUUUUAAUGUUUUGCGACAAUAUAUUCCAUCUAUGUUUUAUUUUUUCAUAUGACAUGUUUAUUUAAACAUUGUCCUUAUAUAUUAUUAUAGCAUGUUGAAAUACCAAACCUUUGGUAAAAACACAACGGAAAUAAGGUAUAAAUGGGAUUAGGUGACGAAACUAAACAAAGACGAACUCAUUUUGUUAGUAAUUUGAUUUAUAAAAAAAAUAAUAAAUAAGCUAAAGCGGUAUUUUUAUAUUUACUAAUCGUAAUACGCAUUACAUUCGGUCGCAAACCAGAUACAAUAUACAAGAUUAAAACUUUUAUUAUCAUUAUUAUUAUUUUUAAAAGUAACCUAAAUACGCAAUUAUAAAAAUGCAUUUCUCAACAAACAACCACUAAAAUCAGAACAUGAUGUCAUUUUCGAUUCCAAAGACUUUAUAUUGCUGUCAUAACGUAAAUUUAUUUAAAAAUAAAUAAAUAAAUGAAUAAAUAAGCACAAUUUGGAAAAUGUCGAAAACAAAUUAAUUCAUAUUCUAAUUUGUAUUUAGGUCAUUGCAGAGCAUACACCACGUGUACACUACAAUUCUGGACUGUGCAAACAAUAAAAGCUUUUCAAUGUGAAAAAUGUUUUUUUUUGGAAAGAUCUGAAGUUGUAUUAUUUGUUUAAAGAUACGUUUGUUUUAUUAGCCCACGUUGAAAAGUAAGAGCUCAUCAAUAAAGGAAUUUGUUCACAGAACGUGACGUAUGAUACAUUUUUGAAUCUUAACGUGUUUAACAUCAGCGAUUUUUCAGUUGCUUCAAUUCUUUUUAAAUUCACGUUUUGAAAUAUUCUUACGGGUCUUGCUGCGGAACCUCGCUUUGGAUUGCUCGGUCUGCUAAUGUUGCUUUCAUCGAUUGUCCAAACAAAAUUCUGGAGCAGCUGAUACGCAUAGAUUCUUUUUGAGCCAUUUGAAUAUUAGUUUGUAUAGGUGUUGCCUCAAAUCCUCAAUUUUUUCUCAUUAGGCCUACUGUCAACUACUGUUCGCCCUUUACGCAUAAGAAAACCAAGUGUGGUCAUGCGCUUUCUAAAGGAUGCAACCCCUUAUUUUCCAUCCUUCGACCAACUUUAAGCCCUGAAGAUCUCUAAACUAUAAAUCUAAUCAAAAUUAACAGAUGUGGACAAAAGCUAGUGGCCAUUGUUGCUCUUCCUUUAAACUAAUUAAGUUUUCUUUGAGUUGUUUUGCUGUAAUAACCAAUUGGCGCACAAGAAAAUCACACAUUACACACAGUGAAAGGAAAAUAUAUUUUAUUAUCAGUGCUUUUCUUAAUUAAAACAUUUCCAUGGAGGCAUGAAAUUUGGUUUUUAGCCCGGAUGAGUGGCACAUUUGGAGCCCAGAAAGAUUUCGCCGUCAUUCAGCUCUCCUUCCAGACAGGAGACCUUGUGAGAGCACAUCUGCAAUCUGUCACCAUUGUCACAGCACUUCUCUGAUAAUCUAAAUUUACAGUAAACUGUCAGCAUGAUAUAUAUUGGUUAAAUAGACCUUCACUUCACAGUAUAUGCACUGAAAGCUAACACCCUGCUCUGGCCGUUAGCUUAUUUUGAUCUAACACAAAUCCUCUUCGCAUCAGUAAGAGAAUGAGACUUAAAAUUGGUGGAAAAUCACUUAGUGUUAUCUCAACAUUGUUACCAAAUACUGCUCUUUGAUCCACCGUUCAAAGCAAUGAUUAUAAGACCCUGUUGUUGCGUUUUGCCAUGCAUUGAAAUUACAUUGCAUUCAACCUGCAUCAUCUUGCAGGCCUGCAGUAGAUAACAGGGGUGUUAUCAGGACUGUUGUCUAAAGUCGCUUCUGCAGUUGCACAGAAUUGCAUUCUUGCUCCUUUCUAAUAAUAGGUUUUAAUAAAGUUAUUCAUCAACUAUAAUUCAGCAACAAGUAGAAUGACCAGGCGCCGUUAUUCACGCCAGGACAACCCACAGUAAGUGGAUAAUAGCCGAGCUGACCUGGCCCAUAUUUAUACAGUACCUAUAUGUACUAGAAUGGCAGCAGACUGUAAAUUUAGAUAUCAUGUGAAGUCGUCUUACCCGCUGACAUUAUGUUGACAUAUUGCCUCUCAGGUGGUCUCUUGGUCAUAGAGAAACAGCAGAUCUUUGGCGGAGAGUACAUCAGCUGCCAUUUACAAUGAGUUAGGUGCAGGAGAGCCUGUGAGAUACACAAUGUAGCAGUUCUGCCUGCAGCAACGGUGCUCUAACAUGAAAACAGACGCAGAUUUCUGAAGAGGAAAAAACGGAGCGUCUUCAGUCUUCCAAAAAAAUUUCAGUGAUGGAGAAAAGCACUCUGAAAAAUCAAAUCAAAUUAAUUUAUAUACGAGGUGAGCUGCAGCAGAUCUUUGCAGCAUUCGCCUAAUGUCCUCAUUUCCCGCAGAUGCACAUUUUGUCUCAUAGCUUCUUCGACGUGUGAGCUUCUUAAAUAGUUUUAGGUCUUUUGCACAUUUUUUUUAAAAAAUCCUUUGGGGACCCUCCUGGGUGCUGACCCGCGCUAACUGUUCCCCCCUCCCCACCCCCACAACUCCCCAGAGUUGAACAACUGAAGUCCAAGUCCGGGGUGAACCCCAGGUCAGUGCGUCUAACAGAUAUGAAAAUGUCGCCUCUUUGGAAAAAGGGCACGCCUUGUUGUUUAACAAAGACUGUCAAUGGGCAAGAUUAAUCAGAAACAAAAUGGAAACCGUGUCACUUUGGGGUCAGGCGGGAGUUAUCUCUGUUUAGGGGAGCGAAUAGAAUAGGGGUGACAGGAAAAAAGAAAAAAAAAGAAAAAGAAGGAAAGAAAAGAAAGCAUUCAAUAUUUCCGAAGUUUGGCCUAUUGUUUCUUCAUGCAGAGGCCUUGUUGACGUGGACAGUGUGGACUAGCUUUGUGAAGAGCUGCUGCAUCUUGAAGGGACACAGAUACAGUGUGUAUGCUCGGACAUGGAGAGGAAACAGGACCUGGACGUAAAGGCUGAUGGCGAGGAGCACGAAAUCCAGCCCAGUAAAUUCAGGCCAUCGCGCGGUCCUCGAGACACCUUGAACUGCCUUCGGUUCACCCAAGGAGGCCAUUGGCGGAGAGGCGUCACGUGACCACGGGGUGCCAAUGUUAUUCUACAAGGGUGUCAAGACCCUGUCAGUUUCUGAAAUAAAUAUUGGGAAACGGCGAGAUGCAAAAGGCAACCUACUACGACAGCUCCGCAAUUUACAGUGGCUACCCAUAUCAAAGCGCAAAUGGCUUCGGUUAUGAUGCCAAUCAGGUCCAAUAUCCCCGGGCCUCUCAUGUGGAAAGUGAGUACCAUCGACCUGCCUGCUCCCUGCAGUCUCCUGACGGCUCCGUGGCUCUGCAGAAACCGGGGGAGAUGGCGGAGAGCUGCGACAGGACCACAGCCAUUCAAGCGACGCAGUCCAAGGUUCAUCCCGAAAGCAAUCAACCGCAGGUGCCGGUGUCAGGCCCACCCCCUCCCCCACAGUCCCCCGGUGCUAUCAGCCAAAACACAAGCAACGGGUCCAACCAGCCCAGUGCCAAGAACGGCUCCCCGACCUCCUCAGCUCGCAGCAAACACAUCUUCCCCUGGAUGAAGGAAUCCCGUCAGAACACCAAGCAGAAACCCACCAGUAGCUCCAGUUCAGUGGAGAGUUGCCCCGGAGACAAGAGUCCUCCGGGGUCAGCAGCAUCAAAGAGGGCCCGGACAGCUUACACCAGCGCCCAGCUUGUGGAGCUGGAGAAGGAGUUCCACUUUAACCGGUACCUCUGCAGACCUCGAAGGGUGGAGAUGGCCAACCUGCUCAACCUCACGGAGAGACAGAUCAAAAUCUGGUUCCAGAACCGCAGGAUGAAAUACAAGAAGGAUCAGAAAGGCGUCGGGAUGAUGCCCUCUCCCGGCGGACAGUCCCCCCGGAGUCCCGUGGGCCCAGCUUCCGGUGCCGGCGGCGGGGGAGGCGGAUACCUCAGCUCUAUGCAUUCUUUAGUAAACAGUGUACCUUUUGAAUCCCAGUCGCCGACGUCUUACAAUAAACCUCAUCAAAAUGCAUACGGUAUGGCUACGUCAUAUCCCCCUCCUUUAAACAACUGCCCGCCCUCCCAGAAGAGGUAUCCCGGGACCGACUCGGCCACGCCCGAGUAUGACGCGCACCCCCUCCAAGGUAAUGGCAACUACGGGACGCACAUGCAAGGCAGCCCCGUUUAUGUCGGCGGAGGUUACAUCGACUCAAUGCCCAAUUCCGGGGCCUCUGUUUUCGGUCUAACCCACCUCUCGCACCCACCGUCCGCAAACAUGGAGUACAAUGGAGCAAUCACAAUGGGCAACAGUCAGCAUCACGGAGUGUGUGAUCCGACACCGACGUACACAGACCUAACGCCGCACUACUCUCAGGGAAGAAUCCAGGAAGCGCCCAAACUGACGCAUCUGUAGCAGUGGCGCUGCCUGGAUCACUCCGCCCAUUGUCUUAUCCACCUCCAGACACAUUACUGCUUUGUUUCCGCGCCUCCUCACGGCUCCUACCUUCUCUGCGCCUUUGUUUAUGUUUCCUAUAGUUUGAUGUGUGAAGUAGCGUAGGUUAAAUAAUCACGACUUGCUUGAAUUUUUCUAUUUGCUCAUGUCAUUGUUUCACAAAGACCUUUAUCUUGGCUGUAGGACGUCUAGAGCGGGAGGGAGGGGGCACAGUAUAUGCAUAGGCCUAUUUAAUAUUUUUUUUUAAAAUCUUGUUUUAAAAUCUAAACUCAAACAGGGUAUUAUGAACACGUUAUUCAUUUUUAAUGUGAAAUUGUCCGUCUUUUAUUUAUCCGCAGUUGAAGAAUUGUUUUUGUUUUUUUGUUUUUUUUGUUUUGUUUUUUGUUUUAUUCUUGCAUUUUGUUGCACUUGUGUAAGGAUCCUCAAGAGCCACGAGCUGGGAUUAUGAGGGAAAUGCAUUUUCAAAAAAAAAAAAAAAGAAAAAAAGAAAGAAAGAAAGAAAAACAAGGGUCAUUAGCUUACAUGUAGGAUCACUUGCUUGUGGCUUUGUUUUAUUGGACUUUCUAGUGUUAUUUAUUUCGUUCAGUGUACAGAUAAGAAUCCUUUAGUAUUAUUUGACACCCCUCCAUCUUUGAGUGGGGAGAAGGUUGGUGGAAAAUGAGCGUCUCGGCCGUGUUCAGCCUGUACGUAUAGUCUGCACAAGCUCCUCAGCGGGAGCAGCAGCAAACCAUGUUGCUAUCCCAGGCUGUGUUUCUAAUUAUUUCUUCUUCGUCUUCUUCUUCUUCUUCGAGGAGGUGUUUUAUUUUCCCAGCGAAUGUAAAAUCAAUCAGUCAUGCAAUAAGGGUGGAAAGAAGGACACACGUUAACAGUUUCUUUAUUGAAGAAAAAAGAAACACACAUCACAUCAUUUUUUUUCAAUGUCAUACAUUCCAUGCUGCUCCAGUUCGAAGAAAUAAAUAAAAGAAUUGAAAUAUAAUGAAA